AUGCGACUGGUAGCUGUAAACCCAGACUCUGCAACCUUUGCCAGUAUCUUUCCAGGCCGUGUGAAAGUGGGAGCUUUACAACGGAGUAUGGACAUCCGCCCUGGGAAGCUGGAAAGGAAUUUUGUCAGAUGCUGUUGCUGCAGCUACCCUGGUAGACAUGUAUGCAAAAUGCGUAAGCUUCGACAAGGCUUCACUGUUGUUGGAGCAGGAACACUUGUUCCCACGGUCGCUGUGUUUUCUUCCCGGGGACCGAGUGGAGGGUAUCCAUUUAUUCUGAAGCCUGAUAUGAUUGCUCCGGGCGUCAACAUUUUGGCAGCCGUGCGAAAUGAUUACGAUUUUAAAUCGGGGACUUCGAUGGCCACCCCUCACGUGACCGGCAUUGCAGCGCUGAUAAAAGUCUUGCAUCCAAUGUGGAGCCCCGCCGCCACAAAAUCUGCUCUCAUGACGUCUUCUUACAUUGUUGACAACACAAAUCAGCCCAUCGCAGAUUUAUCUACCGUGUUGGAAGCUGACCCCUUUGCUACGGGUGCAGGUCACAUAGAUCCCGAAGCUGCGGUGGAUCCUGGGCUUGUCUACGAUAUGGAGGCUCAAGACUACAUUAACUUUCUAUGCUUUCUCAACUACACCAAACAACAAAUUGCUCUUCUCUCCAAUGCGUCCUGCCCCAGCUCUACUUUGGCUGUCAUAGAUCUCAAUUACCCCUCAUUUACCAUGCUUUUAAAAUCCGACAGUCAAUCUGUUGAAGUCGACUACUCCAUCGGGUAUCGCCGUAACUCCAAAGCUGCAUCUCCGAUGGCCGAUGACAGACCCGAUCGUCAAAGGCGAAUCCAUCGGAUAUCGGCGUAG